CGGCCAGAGUAGUGAGAACAUGAGGGAAAAGUUCCACCCUCACUAAGGAAAACAAAAGUUUGAGUUAAAACAUGGUCACGACGUGCAUUCAGCUGCAGCACCCAUAUGGAUUAAUUCUCACUGCACAAGAGAUCUGAGAGUGGAUACAAUAUACUGGGCAAUGUACUGGAAAAAUGAACAAACCACAUCGAAGGAAAGUCCAAGCAAGAACACUGAUAAAACCCAAGAGCUGUUUGAAGAAGUAUCGUGUUCGUCGUCGUCUUUGUCGCCCGGCUCUUCACUUCAUGCCAUGACGGAGAAAGCCAUAUGUACCAGCUGUGGCACUGAGAUCGUCGACAAAUAUCUGUUGAAGGUGAACGACAUGUGCUGGCACGUGAGAUGCCUAUCGUGCAGCGUGUGCCAAACAUCUUUGGGCAGACACAUCAGCUGUUAUAUGAAAGAAAAGGAGAUAUUCUGUAAAUUGGAUUACUUCAGGAAGUAUGGAACACGUUGUGCUCACUGUGGUAGGAACAUCCAUUCAAACGACUGGGUCCGCAGAGCAAAAGGAAACACCUACCACCUGGCUUGUUUUGCAUGCUUUUCUUGCAAGAGACAGCUGUCCACAGGAGAAGAGUUUGCCCUGGUAGAUGAGAGGGUUCUGUGUCGUGUGCACUACGAUUGCAUGUUGGACAACCUGAAACGUGUCAUGGAGAAUGGAAAAGGAGUGAAUGCGGAGGGAGCUGUUCCCUCAGAGCAGGAAGUAAAUCAGCCUAAACCAGCCAAGAGGGCACGGACAAGUUUUACAGCUGACCAGCUACAGGUAAUGCAAGCCCAGUUUGCUCAGGACAACAAUCCAGAUGCCCAGACUUUACAAAAGUUGGCAGAAAGAACUGGUCUAAGCCGGAGGGUUAUUCAGGUUUGGUUUCAGAACUGUCGAGCUCGUCAUAAGAAGCAUGUUAGCCCAAAUCACUCUUCAGGCGCACCAGUGUCAUCUCUGCAGUCCACUCGGCUUUCUCCUCUAAUAGAUGAAUUUCAGUACACUGCUUUUGCCCCUGUAGACACCCCUAUGCUGACUGCGCUACACUCCUAUAUGGAUGUCCACUCUCCCUCUUCACUGGUUCUGCAGCCUCUCUUGCCGCACUCAAUGACACAGCUGCCCAUCAGCCAUGCCUAAGACGUCCACUGCUGCCACAUGGUCCGGUCAGAUUCCAGAGGACAGCAUGAGGAAAUAUUGAUUCUUAUACUGACUAUUGAACAAGACCCAUGCUACUUUCUUUCAUGGGCACUUACUGAAGGAUAU